CGGAGCAGCGCGGCAGCGUCGGGGGAGCGGAACGGCUCCGGACCCGGCGGACAGCACUCCCUGCAGCUGCAGGAAUGAGAUGCCCAUGAAGUUUAAUCUCUGUUAGCCUGAAAAGAAAAACUGGGGAAUAAGAGUUAUGGAUCCUUUAUACUUUUCCAACACAUUUAACAUGGACUCCAGUUCCAGUGAUUUGAACUCCUCGCUGCUGACAAAUACAACAGAGAAUGGGACACUCUCAGAGCAGCUCCCAUUCAAAUACAUCCACAAAGUCCUGAUUCCCAUCUUUUACAUCCUUGUAUGUGCAGUUGGACUCAGUGGCAACACAUUGGUCAUUUACGUGGUUUUGCGCUAUGCCAAGAUGAAAACUGUCACCAACAUUUACAUCUUGAAUUUGGCUGUUGCUGAUGUACUCUUCAUGUUGGGCCUACCCUUCCUGGCCACCCAGAAUGCCAUCUCCUACUGGCCUUUUGGCUCCUUUCUGUGCAGGCUGGUUAUGACCGUAGAUGGUAUUAACCAAUUCACAAGUAUUUUCUGUUUGACUGUGAUGAGCAUGGACCGCUACCUGGCAGUAGUUCAUCCCAUUAAAUCAACCAAGUGGAGACGUCCCAGGGUGGCCAAACUCAUCAGUAUGACUGUCUGGACGUUCUCAUUCCUGGUGGUGCUUCCAGUCUUCAUCUUUUCAGAUGUGCAGGAAGACUUUCACACCUGCAACAUGAACUGGCCAGAGCCUGUCAACAUCUGGUCUGCAGCGUUCAUCAUUUACACGUCGGUCCUUGGGUUCUUUGGUCCUUUGUUGGUGAUCUGUCUGUGCUACUUGCUGAUUGUGAUUAAAGUCAAAUCUUCAGGGAUUCGCGUUGGGUCUACAAGGCGCAGGAGAUCAGAGAGGAAAGUGACCAGGAUGGUGGUGAUCAUUGUGGUUGUCUUUGUGUUCUGCUGGCUCCCAUUUUACAUGAUGAACAUUGUCAAUUUGAUAUUUAUCCUGCCAGAAGACCCUGUGCUGGUGGGGGUGUAUUUCUUCGUGGUGGUCCUGUCCUAUGCGAACAGCUGUGCCAACCCUAUUCUUUAUGGAUUUCUUUCUGACAACUUCAAGCAGAGUUUUCAGAAAGUCCUUUGCCUCCGAAAGGGCAAUGGCAUAGAGGAUGGUGACCCCAUUGAACAUAGGCAAGAGAACAGCAGUCGCUUGCAGGAAUCAAUGUUAACCCAGAGGAAUAUUGAAUUCAAUGGACACAUGCAGACUAGCAAGGUGUGAGGGCAUGGUCUGGGACUGCCAAGAACUUGUAGACCUGGAGAACUUGAGACUUAAGGGAAGGACGAAAUCACAACUAAAAUCUGGAGGCCCACCAGCUCCAAUUAGUGUACAGAGUCUUCUUUUCACUCCCUUCCCUUUCACAGCUAAAAGUGCUCUGGGUUAUACUGAGCUGUGUGAAGUUCUCGUGCUGUUUCAACUAAGGCAGUCAGAUGUACGUUACUGCUUCCUGUACUCUAGAGAACUGAUCUACUGGUAGCCACUGCCAGCUUUGUCCUACUUCAGUAAUCCAAAACAACACUAAACCUGUUCUAAAUACUUUGUUAAGCUGAGCUCGUGGCUGGGGUCAGCUCAAAACAGAAAACAGCUCAAAUAAUUCCUGUGAAAAUACCUUUGAAAGUCUUCAAGGGGAUCUCUUAAAAGAAAGUACACUAUUCCUCAACAAAUUUCCACACAAAAAAGGUCACAGCACUGAUCUUGAAAUUAUGUAAAAUCCAUUGUUUUAGAGUGUA